AGACAGGAAGACAGGACCAUGUCGAAGGGCCCCGGGCCCGGCGGCUCCGCAGCUUCCUCGGCGCCCCCGGCCGCUACCGCUCAGGUGCUGCAGGCGCAGCCCGAGAAACCGCAGCACUACACGUACCUGAAGGAGUUCCGCACAGAGCAGUGCCCGCUCUUUGUGCAGCACAAAUGCACGCAGCACCGGCCCUACACCUGCUUCCACUGGCAUUUCGUGAACCAGCGGCGCCGCCGGUCCAUCCGCCGCCGCGACGGCACCUUCAACUACAGCCCCGACGUCUACUGCACCAAGUACGCCGAGGCCACGGGUCUCUGCCCGGAGGGCGACGAGUGCCCGUUCCUGCACAGGACCACGGGGGACACUGAGCGCCGCUACCACCUGCGCUACUACAAGACCGGUAUCUGCAUCCACGAGACAGACUCCAAAGGCAACUGCACCAAGAACGGGCUGCACUGCGCCUUUGCCCACGGGCCGCAGGACCUGCGCUCCCCGCUGUACGACAUCAGGGAGCUCCAGGCUAUGGAGGCCCUGCAGAAUGGCCAGGGCACUGUGGAAGGCGGUGUCGAGGGCCCGGCGGCGGGCGCGGCCAGCCAUGCCAUGAUUGAGAAGAGCCUCAGUGAGGAGCCUCGGUGGCAAGAGACCGCCUACGUGCUGGGGAACUACAAGACAGAGCCGUGCAAGAAGCCCCCGAGGCUGUGCCGCCAGGGCUACGCCUGCCCCUACUACCACAACAGCAAGGACCGGCGGAGGGGCCCCCGGAAGCACAAAUACAGGUCGUCGCCAUGUCCGAACGUGAAACAUGGAGAUGAGUGGGGAGACCCUGGCAGGUGUGAAAGUGGAGACGCCUGCCAGUACUGUCACACACGCACGGAGCAGCAGUUCCACCCCGAGAUCUACAAAUCCACCAAGUGCAAUGACAUGCAGCAGUCGGGGAGCUGUCCCCGCGGACCCUUCUGCGCCUUUGCCCACAUAGAACAGCCCCCCCUAAGUGACGACCUGCAGCCACCCUCAGCUGUGUCCAGCCCCACCCAGCCAGGCCCGGUCCUGUACAUGCCAUCUGCUGCCGGAGACGCGGGGCCUGUGAGCCCCUCCAGCCCUCGUGCCCCAGACCUCAGCACUCUCCUCUGUAGAAACAGCAGUCUGGCUAGCCCGUCGAACCUCUGCGGCUCCCCCCCGGGAUCCAUCAGGAAGCCCCCCAACCUGGAGGGCAUAGUUUUCCCUGGGGACCCCAGCCUCGCACCUGGCAGCUAUAAGAAGGCCCCUGGCUUUGAGAGGGAGGACCAGGUGGGAGCCGAGUACCUAAAGAACUUCAAAUGCCAGGCCAAGUUAAAACCCCACUCACUAGAGCCCAGGAGUCAAGAGCAGCCCCUGCUGCAGCCCAGACAGGACAUGCUGGGCCUGCUGCCCGUGGGCAGCCCCCUGACCUCCAGCAUCUCUUCUAGCAUCACCUCCAGCUUGGCGGCCACGCCCCCCAGCCCCGCGGGCCCCAGCAGCGCCCCCGGCAUGAACGCCAACGCGCUGCCCUUCUACCCCACCAGCGACACGGUAGAGUCGGUCAUAGAGUCGGCCCUGGACGACCUGGACCUGAACGAGUUCGGGGUGGCCGCCCUGGAGAAGACUUUCGAUAGCGGCCCGGGGCCUCACCCAGGCAGCAUCACCAUCGGCGGCAGCCUGCUGCAGAGCUCGGCCCCUGUGAACAUCCCCGGCUCCCUGGGCAGCUCGGCCUCCUUCCACUCCGCGUCCCCGUCCCCGCCCGUCGGCCUCUCCUCACACUUCCUGCAGCAGCCCCAGGGGCACCUAAGCCAGUCAGAAAACACAUUUUUGGGGACCUCCGCGUCACAUGGAUCUCUGGGUCUGAACGGGAUGAGCAGCAGCAUCUGGGAGCACUUUGCCUCGGGAAGCUUCUCCCCCGGCUCGUCCCCUGCCCUCCUGUCCGGGCCCGGUGCCGCGGAGCUGGCCCGGCUGCGGCAGGAGCUUGAGGAAGCCAACGGCACCAUCAAGCAGUGGGAGGAGUCCUGGAAGCAGGCCAAGCAGGCCUGUGAUGCCUGGAAGAAGGAGGCGGAGGAGGCCGGUGAGCGGGCCAGCACGGCGGGCGCCGAGUGCGAGCUGGCCCGGGAGCAGCGGGACGCGCUGGAGGCACAGGUGAAGCAGCUGCAGGAGGAGCUGGAGCAGCUGCACGCGGGACCCGACCCGCUGGCCCUGCCCGCCUUCUCCGACCUAGAGGCCCUCUCCCUUUCCACCCUCUACUCCCUCCAAAAGCAGCUGCGGGCCCACCUGGAGCAAGUGGACAAGGCCGUGUUCCACCUGCAGUCGGUGAAAUGCCUUAAGUGUCAGGCGCAGAGCCGGGCGGUGCUGCCGUGCCAACACGCCGUGCUGUGUGAGCUGUGUGCUGAGGGCAGCGAGUGCCCCGUCUGCCAGCCAGGCCGGGCCCACCCCCUGCAGUCGUGACCCUGCGCCCGGCCGCCUGGCCUGCUCUCCCCUAGGACUUUUUAAAGUAUAUAUAGAUAUAUAUAUAUGUAUGUAUGUAUAUGUAUAUGAUCCUAUAUAUGUAUACAUUGUGUGCGUGCGGGUAUGCGUGGGCGGCCAGCGUGUGAACAGUGUCUGUGUAUAUAUCUGUACAUGGAUGUAGACACACACUUUAAAACCGACUUACCAAGCACUUUUUAAAAGAAAAGACUAUUUUGCAGCCCCUUCCCCCUUUACUUCCCUCCCUGCAGAGACAAAGCCCCUCCCACAGGCCCUUUGGCCAGGAAUCUGUUUUGUGUCUCCUUUUUUAUGUAGGAACUAACUAUUUUUAACUUCUUUCUGGGCCUGAGCAGGGAAGGGCCUAGGGUGAAGGUGGGAGUACCUUCAGGGCAGGUGGAGGCAGCAGAGCAGUUCCAGAACUCGGCUCCCAGCUGUGAGAGUCCCCAGGAUUUCAAGGGUACGGGGUGUGCACUCGGGCGAACCAGCCGAACUCCUAGGCCGGUGUUCUCAACCUUCCUAGUGCCGCAACCCUUUCAUAUACUUGUGUUGUGGUGACCCCCCCACCACCACCAUAAAA